UAAUUUUCCUUUUCAUUCGAAAUAUCAUUUCAAGAAAAAAUUCAUCAAUAGAGAUCAGAGCAUUCUCACCGGUAAAUCGGACUUAAACCAACUUGUUCAUCUUGAGAAACUUAAAAAAAAAUGUCUCAUGGCAGAUGCAGGCGUAGAUUAUUUACCGACUUACACUACGGGAAGUCAAUGACUCGCCGAUAAUUCAUCACUCCUGGAAUGAGCAUGCUUGUGAAACAAGACGCGGAAGAUUGCGAAGUAGAUACUCUGCUUUAUGGUGAAAAAUUUACAGAAAAACUUAUGGCGGCUAAAUCUGCAGAAAAGUCCAGUAAGGAACUUGUAAAGCAGCCAACGAAAACAACUAGUGACAAUUACAGGAAAAGGGCAUUUCAAAAAGUACCAAGAAGAAUCGCCAGGGAGAACACCAGAGAUAUCAACGGAAUCGCCCAUACGAGAAAUCUCGUCAUUAAAUCAAGAUAUGAAAUUCCUUUCAUAUCCAAACCUCAACAAGUCGAUGCUCCCAAGGAGCAAUCGUAUUCGGCACAAGAGGAAAUAGAGUACAAUAAAGCAAUUGAAAAAUUAAUUAAAAAAGGGGCGGUGUCAAUAUGUUUACCUGUCAAAAAUCAAUUUUUAUCCAGAUAUUUUUUAGCUGAAAAGUCUAGCGGAGAAAAAAGAUUUAUUCUAAAAUUAAAAAAAUUUUAACAAAUUUCUCGAACCUCUUCACUUUAAGCUAGUGGAUAGAAAAAUUGUUGCGAGAGUCUUAUUUGAAGGAGCUUUCUUGGUAACUCUGGAUCUAACAGAUGCCUUUUUAUUAAUUCCGGAAGUCACCUCGUAUAAAAAAUAUUUCAGAUUUAUGUUGAAAGGCAACUAUUAUGAAUUUAAUUGCGUGCCUUUCGGGCUAUGCACGGCCCCUUUGAUAUUCACAAAACUUAUGAAACCGGUGGUAGACAAUUUAAGAUCGUGUUUCCUUUUAUCAGUCGUUUAUUCAGACGACUUGUUAAUCGGUAAAACAAAAGAAGAAUGCCUCAAAAAUAUUGAAGUGACUCGAGAAUUAUUAAAAAACCUAGGAUUUAUUGUAAACUUUGAGAAAUCUAAUAUUAUUCCGUCAAAAAAUGUCAAAUACUUAGGAUUUAAUUAGAACACGCGAAAAAUAACAAUUGAAUUAACCACGGAAAAGAAAGAAACUAUUUAUAAAAAAGAGCGUGCUAUAUUUUGAGCAGAU